UAAACGAAGAAACAGUACACCGGGAUGUUUUUGCCUGGAUCAAAGCCAUAAGCUUAGAGCAGCAGAACGAACAUUAACUGAGUUCUUACAACUGUGUUGGAUUAGAUGAGCUCGCCAUUUAUUAUUUCUUGGCCGAUUUUUAUGCGAGGUCCUCGGCUACAACGGGUGACACGCAUUAGCUCGACUAGCGCUAUUUGUUACGGCUGUGCACGGCGAAGCAAGCGAGCUAACGUUCUAUCUUUAUGCUAGGCUAGCAGGCUGGAAAGUUGAGGAAAGGGGCCAAUUAAACACUUCUUUAAAGAGGUCAACUACAACGUUAACUACCUAGCCGUCAUUAUGGGUCUCAUAUUUGCCAAACUGUGGAGUUUCUUCUGCAAUCAAGAACACAAGGUCAUCAUUGUUGGGCUGGACAAUGCUGGAAAGACCACAAUACUGUACCAGUUUCUGAUGAACGAGGUGGUCCACACAUCACCCACCAUCGGCAGCAACGUGGAGGAGAUAGUGGUGAAGAACACCCACUUCCUCAUGUGGGAUAUUGGGGGCCAGGAGUCUCUCAGGUCCUCCUGGAACACCUACUACUCCAACACUGAGUUCAUUAUAUUGGUGGUGGACAGUACGGACAGAGAGAGGCUGGUCAUCUCCAAAGAAGAGCUCUACCGGAUGCUGGCUCACGAGGACCUGCGGAAGGCAGCUGUGUUGAUUUUUGCCAACAAGCAGGAUAUGAAGGACUGUAUGUCUGCAGCGGAGAUCUCCAAAUACCUCACCCUCAGCUCCAUCAAAGACCACCCCUGGCACAUCCAGUCGUGCUGCGCGCUCACAGGAGAGGGCUUGUGUCAGGGGCUGGAGUGGAUGACCUCGAGGGCGGGACUUAGAUAGCCCUUCGCCCAAUGAUGGAUUGACUUUCUGCCUGUUCCACCUAUCAGGUGGCAUCCUAGCCUCCCCUUAGUGGCUGCUUUUUAAAACGAAACAAAAAGUUCCAACUAACUUCAAGACUGCACAGAGGUGCCUCUCUUCACUACACGCAACCUUACCUGUUACAGAGAGAGACCCUCCCCAAGUAUUAACCUCAGUGGUCAAGACGUCUGACCACAACUCAACCACAAGGACUGCCGGUUGCCUAGCUGUGAAUCUACUGGUCAUCAUCAAAACCAAUUAGUUUUCUCUUAGUGGGAUAUAGGACAUGUACAGAGGACAGUGGAAAUAUGGAUGCAUGUCGUUAUCACUACAUAUCAUCUCCCGUUUUAUGUCAGAAUGCAGUAUUCUAACCAUAACUGGGAUCAUCGCCUAUCUGGACUGUUCUUCAUUUUAUGUGGGUGGGUUUGUAUUUUCAAAAUUCAAUACCUAAGGCUGUUCCCGUUGGUUGUUUGGGUUGUUUGAAGAAUGGGCUUAGCCCCUGGUGCACAAGCACACAGUGGUGUUAUCAUUCAUGUUUAAAUGCUCAUGGUGCAGUUAGGUUCAAUAUUAUUCACUACCUCAUAAACUGGGGUAGUGUAUCCAGAUCUUUCUUUUUUUAUAGUUCAUGAACAUAUUCUCAGUGGUAACUAUAACAGUUGCAGUAUCAUAAGCUCUGAAUUUAAACACCAGUUCCUACUGUGUUAAACUGUGGUCUCCAGGAGCCUGAGCCAUGGUGCAAGAUGGGGAUCAGCCAAGUAGAGACUAACUCAAGGUGAAGGACGCUGUAUGCGUUUUGGUGCAGACCUCAACAACACUCUCAAACAAAGUAGAUUCUCACUUCAGUAUGCAACCGUUACGAUUGUGUGGAACAAAGCUCUACAGUACAGUAUUUGUUGAUGCAACAGAUUUUUUUUUUUUUGCUAUCAGUGUAUGUUUAUAUUUUAUACAUCAUGGAAUGUCAUGGUCAGCAGGUUAACAUCCAGCUGAAUGAUGUCAUACCUUUCGUUGUGUGUUUGGAAUGAGUCCUGGUUCCUGACGACAUGUCUCUUGUCUCUGGCAGCUGUGUUGCUAUGUUGAUCAUCCCCUCUACCCCCUCCCCCAGCAAGCCUCUUGCAGCCCCUUAUCACAACCGGGGUUGGAACAGAAGCCAACUGGAGGAUAGCUAUCCAGGAACAGGGGAUUGGGAGCCCUGGAAGGUUAGGGACCUUCCUUCUAAUGUGCCACAAACAUUUCUGUGUGUGUGUGUGUGUGAAUGGAAUGUGCUCCCAUGUUUUUUUCUCUACAGAUGCUGGUCUAAACACCUGAAUCAGGGCUUGAGUCAGUUCAGUUUUAAUUGUAAAAAAAAUCUCAGUGGAAAUAUUGUUAUUUUCGGACUAUUCCAACCAAACAAAACAAGACAUAUAUUUCAUUUCAAACCACACUAAACUGACCCCAGCGUUAUUCUAAAGGUGUGUACGUGCAGAAAUAUUUGGCCUAUGUGAGUGUCCUGAUGAGCAGGCCUUGUUACUCCAGUGACUUUGGUGUAAGAGACUCCUCUAACAUCUAUGCACAUAUCACUUUCUAUUUCCCUACACCUUCUCUGCCAAGCUCUGUAGCGGCCAAAGAGACUGAGUGGUGGCAGUUGCAUGAGGGUUUCAGUGUUAAAUAGGAUCUCAUUGAAAGUACCAGUCAUGAGUGUGGAUGGUGAUGAUGGUUCUAUCGUGUCUCUGGGUCUGAGGCUCUUGACCAGACAAUUGCUCUGGUCUUCAGUAUUUCACAAUUUGAAACGCAGGACAAUGACUGACCAAGUGCCCACAGUAUAUCAUGUUGUGGUUUCACUCGUGCUGGUUGUCAGAUCUUCAGCUGUGGGACAGUCACUCUAAAAUCAGGGGGAUGACAAGUAUGAUCCGUGUCAUGCAUUUUAGUUAGUUUUUUAUUUCAUUUUUAAUAAACCUUUGUUUUGAAACUGA